AAGAAGCGUGCAAAGCUCGACCGGCUGCGUUAGUCAAUCGGUGUCCGACCGAAACGAAAGAUCUCAUAAAUAUAUAUUGGCUAAGGAAAAUUCUACGAAAAAUUCGUCAGCAUUUCCGCAAGCGCCAUUAUUAUUUUAAAUAUACAUAUAUAUAAAAUAUAAGAAAUAGUGGAAAAUCGAAAAAUUUAAACGAAUAAGCAAAACGGAAAAUUUUAAAUAUAAAAAAAACAAAGGGCUGACCAACGAACAUAAAGAAAAAUAAUAAGAUUAAAACAAAAGUAAUUGAAUAAAAAAUUAUGUGGAAGGAAAUACAAAACUAAACGACCAUAGCAACUUUAAGCCACUACAACGAAACGAAAAGAAAGCAACUUAACGGUAUUUGUAUCAUAGUAAAUGUCAAUAAACGAGUAAAUGAUUAAUCGAAUAUACAAGCAUACAUGCAUAUAUAGAGAAAUAUAAAAAGUGUUCAUUAACUGACAAACCAGAUUAAAAAAAUAUAUAUAUAUAUUAAUUUACUGUUAUCAAGUUUAAUACAAAACGACCUAACAGUCCAUGUACAUACAUAUAAUAUAUUGCAAAAAAAAAUAUAUUUUCAAUUGACACGCAUACACACACAUAUAUAGCAAGCCCAAGUCCUUUACACUACACAGUAAAACAUUGCGACUAAUUGAGUAAAUUUAUAAAGUGACGUCACUUCCGUUUUAAGCAAGUAGAGAAAAUUUAGCGAAAAUUGCAUGUGCGCGUAGAAUUUUUCGUACCCUGUAAAAAAAAAUUAAUAAAUAAAAAAAAUACUGCACCAAUUUCUACCAAGCGAAAGUAGAGAAACAAGAAAACGAGUUUGAGAACUUAGCGACAAAAGCGAAAGAAAAAAAUAAUUGUAUUGUAGAGCAGAAAUAAGGAAACUUCGUGAAAAGGGUGUCGAAAGCACACGCAUUGCCUGAAGUCAAGCCUUACUAUACAUGCAUACAUACAAACAAACGUAAAUAAAAGUGCGACAAGUGCAACGUAACGACGUAAAACAAAGUGCCUUAACCAAUCAUACAUAGAAACACAGCGAGCGAGUGGUUUGCCGAGAAGCUCGAAAAGCUGAAGAGCUUAAGAGACGAGACGUGUAAUUUGUAUAAGGAUUUAUAAAGUUUUGAUAAAACGAGUUGACGGAAUCCCCAGAAGUGCCAUUUAGAGUUGAAGGACCGAAUUGAAGAAUUGAGACCAAAGGAAACAAACUGAGGGAGAUUUAUUUAGUGAAUAAAGUCUUUUUUAUAUUAAAGAAGAAGAAGAAGCGGACAAUAAAUCUAAGCAAUUAAAUAGGAAACACUCGCACUUGCACUUAUAUAAAAGAAAUAUAUACGUAUAUAUAUAUACACAAAUAUAAACACAUUCUAACAAACGCACGCACUGAGUAAACAAUUUUGAAAGUUAAAUUGUUAAGAGAAUUAAUCGAUCGCUUUGCAAAGUAGCCGCAGUAUUGGCAGUAAUUGAAUAAACAAAUUAAGCAAUACUAAAAAUAUACACGAGAGACUUUCCAACGGGUCGGACUUACCAUAUUUAUAGGAUUUAGUAGAUUUAAUUAUAUAAAUACAUACAAAAAAGAGAUUUCCACGAAAUUCAUACAAACCACGAAUUUGUAUUUUUUGUAUGAAACAUAUGAAUUAGAAGGUAAAAAAUGGCAGAUAAAUACACAAAAACGACCUCCAGCAGCGUGUUAGACGCAAAAGCUGACAAAAGAAGUGCCCCACAUAUGCUAGCGACGCGCCCGUUGCCCGGCGACGUCGCCAGUCCGGGCGCUAAUCCAAAGAAUGUACACAUCCUCACACAGCUGGCCAAUAGUUUGAGUGAAAGCUACCAACUGGUCAAGCAGCGACAACAGAAAUACAAAGAGCUCAGCUCGAAGAUGGGCGGUGCAGAUGCACCACAACUCCUAAGCUACACACAAGACUGCGAGGACGAUGGCCAAGCCGGCGAAUGGCAGGAAGUGAAGAAUAAGCUGAAGCGCAAGAAGAAACUCUCGGCUUCGCUGACAUCCGUCAAUGACUCUGUGAACCAGGAGAAGCGCACACGUAUCGAGGGUAUACAGCUUAAUUGCCGUGGUAAGUUGCAAAUCACCGAGCUGCCGACACCGGUGCCACAAGCAGCCACGCGCAGUUACGUUGGUGGGGGCGUGGCACAACGUGCCGAACGCUGGGGUGGUGCUAAAUCGGCGACGAAUACGACCUCGAAUGUUGCGCCAAAUAAACAAUUGAACGCCGUGUCGCCGACAACAUGCCCAACAGUAGCCACAGGCGUCACACCGACAGUAACAGCAGCAGCAGCGCCGCCGCCGCGGCUCAAGCGAAAGCUGCAGGAGAACGUGCAGACGAUACAAAAGCUGAAUGCGCUCACCGAGCAACUGCGACUGGAGAUCAACGAACUGAAGUCCAGCCUAACCACCGAGCGAGGCGCGGUGCGUGUGUUGCGUGCACAAAAUGAGUCGGAGACACGCAAAUGGAAAAAUGAAGUGAAGAGACUACAAAACGCUGUAGAAAAUUUGAAGAAGAGCAGCGCCUUGCCGCAGUUGGGUGGUAAAAAACCGACAGAUGCUGGCAUUGAAAACUUACCAAGUGCUUCCGCGGCUGGUAACGCGACCACCAAUGAAGUACAAAGACUGACAAAUGAAAUUAUUGCGCUAAAGGAAGCAAACAAAGCCUUAGAGGAAAAGAAAAUGAUCAAUUGCGAUGCUGAUAGACGUAAAGCAGCAGAUAUGCGCACAUUGAAAGAUACUUAUGAAAUCCGAUUGACUCAAUUAACUAAAUCUGCCAAAACUGAGAUUUCACGUCUGCUGGAGGAAAUAAAAACCAAAGAACGUAACAUUGGGCAACUUAAAAAAGAAUUACAAACACUACAGACCCGGCCACAGAGUCAGGCUGAAGUGAAAAGCAGAAAUGCAACGACAAAUCAAAAAACGACGAAUAAAACGACAAAACCAAAGAAAAAUAACAAUAACAACAAUAAUAAUAAUAGUAAGAAGCCAAAAGUAAACAAUAAAGCAACAAACAAUAGCUUAAACGAAACAGAUGCUUUCAACUCCGAUUUGGCGAAAAAGUCAGAGGAUAGCAGCACUGUAACAACAACAACACAUGGAGAAGCUCAACAUCCAAAUGAGGUUAGUACCGCAAUUAUUUUAUUUUUUAUUUUAUUUACAACAAUUUAAGUAAGGUUUUGAACU